AUGACUGCUACACCCGCUUGUUGUGGGGUUUGGUCCAAACAUGUCACUCUCAUCAACAAUGUUUAUCCAAGAGAGCCUGGUGAAGAAGGACCCAGAGGCUCUGCUCUUUCACUAGUUAUUUUUUAUGCUACCACAAAACCAUAUAAACUACCCAAAAUCGGUGCCUAUUUGGAAAAACGAGUCAAGAUGGAUUCAAGGAAAUCUCGCUUUGGUUACAAUCGAGUCACCCUGCAGAUUCUGCAUUCGCUACUUAUCGAGUGUCGUCAAAAUUCAAACCUCAUUUCAAAGAAUAUCUUACGAAUUAUUCUCGAUGUUUUGCAUUCGCCGGAUCCUGACCUUGUUAUGCAAGCUACCAGUACGUUUAUUCUUUUUAGCUCUCAUCACAACCAUCAAAAUAUUAUCGACGAUGAAUUCACCAAAAUAUACUCGCAGUUGAUCCAAAAGUUUUGCAAAGAGGCUGCAUUUGAAACUUCAGACGCCACGCUUCAGCACAAAACUCGCUUAUCUGGUCUUAAAGCACUCGAAGCCGUGUGCGAUAGUGAUUCGUUUAUUAUGAGUCCCCAUUUGAUUCCUUACAGCCAACAGAUUAUUCCAGCAGCUUUGGCCAACAUGGGAUCCUCGCACAAACACAUGCAUUCACUUGCACUCAGCCAUUCCAGCUCUCCACAAAUGUAUACGAGGAAGCAAUCUAUUACAGAUCAGCUUAUUACAGAUGACGAGCUAAAGUACACAGCCAAUAUUUGUAUUCGCGGUCUUUUUCGACAGGCCAAUGUUGCAAACGUCAAGGACUUUUUAAUUUCCACUUGCAGGUAUUUGGAUGAAAAGAGUAUGUGGGUUGUGAACGCGUAUGCUUUGGAUGUGAUUCAGUCUGUUACGUCUGUUGUUCAGACACAAUACCACUAUAUCAUUCUCUCUAUUAUGCUUGAGCGUCUUGAAUCCGAGUCAGAUACAGUCCAAAAAAUCACCGUUGUUCAAAUUCUGACGUUUUUGGUUACAACUGGCGAUGGUAUUGCAGGCAUUACGGUUCCAGAGCUUUUGGAGAUUUUUGCACGCCAUUUGAACGCAUCUGCAGAAACAUCAAAGUUUUCAGAUGGAUCGUGUACUCCUGUCCAGCAACAGCUUCAAAAAGCGCUUGUCAAUGGAAUUGAGCAUUUGAAAAUAACUUUGAUGCUACUGUUAUAUUUAUGUCUGCUUUCAUGGGCUAAAGGCUCCUUGGUUCACCAUCUCAUUUAUCCAAAUCAGGUCAACGACAUUAUUUCAUUUCUUGUGAAUCGUCUGUUAAACAUGAUAGAUGUUACGCUUCCAUACGUAAGAUUGGAGUUUUUUGCACUUAUAACCAAAGCGCUUUCGUUAAUGCCACCUGCACUUCAUGAUGUUGAGAAUCAUGGUCCAAAUUCUUUUCAUGGGUUACUUUGGCACAAAUUGUACAAUGCUGCACUUUGUGAUUUCAAUAAUCCCUCGGAUUAUAUCAUUGUCGGUCGACUUGCGGUUCAGUUGAUGCAAUUGAUGCCAAUUGAAGAUCUGUUUGUCAGUGUUCCUGUAUUUUUCCGUCUUCAAAUUCAGAUCACGGAAAAUCAAAUCCUGUCAGUAAAUCAUAGCAGAGCACUUGCCAAUCUGAUUGUAGAGUACUUUGUUUAUCUUGCACGAUUUCUUGGAAAUACUUCACUGCUGCAGUAUGUCAACAGUAUCAAAGAUACGAGAAUAGAAAAGUCGCAAUGGUUUAAUGGGUUCGAGUUUUCAAGUGAUGCAGUAAACUUUUUUUCAACAAAGACAUUUGAAAAUGCACAGUUGAGUGGAAUGGAUGGCGUCGAGCCUAUCGACAAUUAUCUGGAUCGAGCAUUAUUGAUUGGUAUGCUUGUGCGCGAUUCACAACUCAAAAACAUCGAAACUGCUACUGAAUGCCUGGGUAGCAACAUUCUUAUCUGGGAGCGUGUCGAUAUCACAUACACCACUCCAAGUGAUGAUGUACCCCAAGUGGUCAAAUCUGAUGAGCAUGCCUCAACUCAGCAAGAUUCGACAGAAAAACGACCUUCGCAACUUAAAACUAUUAUGCCCACAAACGUUAAACGUAAUCACUCGGGUCGAGCAGCCUCAGAGCAUCCAUAUUCUGCUGUUCGAAUUGAAGAUUUCAAAGAAGCACUGGUCAACAAAAAAACAAUGGCGACUAAUGCCGAUCACAGGAUUCUAGAUACCUCCAAUAUUGAUAUCAACGCUUUUUCAACCGAUGGUACUGAACUUUCAAAAAAUAAUGUAUCUAGUCUGUUAAAAAACAUUACUGCCACUUUUGGAAAAUCAGGACAAGCUUCAGCCAUGCCUGCUCACAAUGACCGUCUCAAGCCAAAUUCCGAUUCUGUAGAGCUAGACUGGCUUACAGCCCGUUCAAAGGAGGUUUCCAACUACACUCAGGCGUCGCCGCGUAUGGCUCGGGUACGAAGUGCCAGCCAGCAGCGGAUGCGUUCCUCUGGAAGCAACUCUAGUCUUCAGGCUACCAAGAUCCGUGAGCCAGAUAUGCUUGGAUUGGGACCUACUCAUUGA